AUAAGUCCAAAGAAGAAGAAGCAGGGCAGGCAGAGUCGGGAGUCUGAUGUGGGACUUCCUGGUCAGACAGUGCAUUUCACAAGAAUCAGAAAACGCUGUUUGUCAGACUUCACUUCACUAACCCAGUACACAGUCUAGUAAUCCGGUUUCAACGUUAUUUCGACUGUGGUAUUUGGCAGCGGGCGACAGAGAGGGGGAUUCAUCAGCGUUACUCACAGUCAAAGUUAGCUAGUAAGCUAACGUUAGCGUUAGGGCUCUGCGGUUCUCUAGCCAUGUCCGCUUCAGCUGGAUGCUCUCCGGCGGGCCAGAGCUCGGGCCUUGGCCCCGGUAUGUCCAUGUUUCGCUGGCUAGAAGUGCUGGAGAAAGAGUUUGACAAGGCCUUCGUGGAUGUGGAUUUGCUGCUCGGAGAAAUAGACCCAGAUCAAGUCGAUAUAACGUACGAGGGUCGGCAGAAGAUGACCAGCCUGAGCUCUUGUUUUGCUCAGCUCUGUCACAAAACCCAGACGGUGUUCCAGCUCAACCAUAAACUAGAGGCUCAGCUGGUGGACCUGCGUUCUGAGCUGACUGAGGCUAAGGCUGAGCGGGCAGCGGUAGAAAGGGAAGUCCAUGACCAACUCCUGCAACUUCAUGCUCUCCAGCUGCAGCUUCAUGCCAAGCAAGGCCAGGCUGAGGACUCUGACUCCAUCAAAGACAGACUGCCUGCACCAACAUUGGAAGAGAUGGAACAGGAGCUCGAGGCCAGAAAGAAGGAGAAAUUAGCAGAGGCGAGGCUGGACGCAGAAGUGAGACUAUAUAAGAAAGAAAAUGAGGCCCUUCGCAGACACAUGGCUGUGCUGCAGGCCGAAGUGUACGGAGCCAGACUGGCUGCCAAAUACUUGGACAAGGAACUGGCUGGCAGGGUGCAGCAGAUCCAGUUACUGGGCCGUGACAUGAAAGGGCCAGCACACGACAAGCUGUGGAACCAACUGGAGGCAGAGAUUCACCUUCACCGCCAUAAGACUGUCAUCCGAGCAUGUAGAGGUCGUAAUGAUCCUAAGAAACCCCUUCCAUCUCCUGUGGGGCAUGACCCAGACAUGUUGAAGAAAACCCAGGGAGUGGGCCCAAUCAGAAAGGUCGUCCUAGUCAAAGAUGAUCACGAGGGCCUGGGAAUCUCCAUUACAGGUGGGAAGGAGCACGGUGUUCCCAUUCUAAUUUCAGAGAUCCAUCCAGGGCAGCCCGCAGACAGAUGUGGGGGUCUGCAUGUCGGAGAUGCCAUCCUUGCCGUCAACAGCAUCAAUCUGCGAGAUGCCAAACACAAGGAGGCUGUCACCAUUCUGUCCCAGCAGCGAGGACAGAUAGAGUUUGAGGUGGUGUAUGUGGCUCCAGAGGUGGACAGCGAUGAUGAGAAUGUGGAGUAUGAAGAUGACAGUGGUCAUCACUACCAACUCUACCUGGAUGAACUGGACGAUGACAGCACAGCGCCGCCCUGCAACAGCUCUGCAUCACUGCAAGCUCUGGAGAAGAUGUCACUGAGCAAUGGACCAGAGAAUGAACGAGAUACUGGGGUCUCCAGUGAGACACCUUCAGAGGAAACCCCUUCAAAGCCUCCUGAGACAGACUGCUCCUCCUAGAGGCUCACAGCCAAACCAUCGGUAUUUAGAGAGAUAAGCGGAUGUGUGGGACAAUCCCUCACAAAGAACUGAAUCAAAGAAUUCUAGGAUAUGCCUAGGGACAAAGGGAAAUGAACAGAAACAGUCUGAUUUCCCUUUUUCCUCUUGGUGUUGUGGGAUUUGGGGAUCUAGCCUGGGCAUGUGGCAAUGAGGGGUAACUUGGGUUGAAAUACACAUUUGAAGAAGCCAGAGGUGUAAUAUAUGUAGAGGAGGGAGUGAUACUGAAUAAUGUGUGAUUUGUUUUGGAAUAUUUUAUUAAGAUAUUAAUGGGAAUUGCAUCUAUAUAUGAGAAAACAAUUGAAGGAAGUAGAUGUCUGUAACUGUCAUGAAGGCACAGUGAUCUCAGGAGAAGAGGUUACUCAUUGUUAAAAAUGUCUUUCAGGGGCCACUUUUGGAGAAAACGUGUCCAGUGUUUUGCUUCUGUUUGUAUAGUUAUUCAUCUGGUCUUGUCUCAAAAAGGAAACGAAUGAAUGAUUGUUUACAAAAAGAGAAUAAACCUGUCAACAACCUUCUCA